CAUGCCCCCCGCCAACUGCUCGGCGCCCAGCGUCGUGGUGGAGGCGUCUGUGGCCACGCUGCUCCUGCUGGAGGGCGGCCUGGGCCUUCUGGGCAACGCCGUGGCGCUGUGGACCUUCUUCUUCCGCCUGCAGGUGUGGAAACCCUACGCCGUCUACCUGCUCAACCUGGUCGUGGCCGACCUCCUGCUGACCUUCUGCCUGCCCUUCCACGCUGCCUUCUACCUGAGACACAAGACGUGGAGCUUUGGACACGCGUCCUGCCAAAGCCUGUUCUUCCUGCAGGUCCUCAGCCGCGGGGCGGGCGUCGCCUUCCUCACGGCCGUGGCUUUAGACCGGUACUUCCGGGUGGUCCACCCCCGGCUGAAGGUCAACCUCGCGUCCCCCCGGGCGGCCUGGGGGGUGUCGGGCUUCAUGUGGCUGCUGCUGCUUGGCCUCACCCACCAGAGCCUGUUCGUCUCGGAGGCCGCGUGCCCGGGUCUGGAGCCUGCGGGAGAAGUCUCCUUCAGCAUCAUUUGGCAGGAAGCACUGUUCUUCCUGCAGUUUGUCCUUCCCUUUGGGCUCAUCCUGUUCUGCAACGCCAGGAUCCUCAGGACCCUCCAGAGGUGCCUCCGAGACCCGGACAAGCAGCCCAAGCUGCAGAGGGCCCGGGCGCUGGUGACGGUGGUCGUGGUCCUGUUCGCCGUGUGCUUUCUGCCCAGCUUCCUGGCCCGGAUCUUGGUGGCCGCCUUCCGCAGGGUGGGCGGCUGCGGGUUCCUGGGAGCGAUGGUGCACGUGUGCGACGUGACCAACGGCCUCACCUACCUGCAGAGUGUGCUGAACCCGGUCGUGUACUGCUUCUCCAGCCCCGCGUUCAGAUACUCCUACCGCAAGGUCUUCAACACCCUCAGGGGCCGAGGGAGGGAAACCGAGGCCCCGGGGGACAUCAAAGACUCCUACUCUUGAGGCCAGCCAGCCGCCGGGCCCCGGGGCGCAGGAAGGGCAGCGGUCUGAGCGCUAAGGACCACCGCUGAGGGUUGCGGGGCGAGGACACCCCGGGGCCGCGCCACAAGGAUCGGGACCCCCACAUCGGCACUGUGGCCGUGCUCUCACACACACCAUCUUCUGGAUUUCCGUCAGCUAUUCUGCAUGACCGGACAGAGCAGAUUAGCAAGCCAGAGUCUCCUCUCCACCCGCGACAAGGCAGACUGAGCAGCUGACCUGGAAGCCGGCUACGGCUGCGCUCUCACGGAAGGUGUUCUCAUGGGUCCGUCAUGGGAGGAUGAAGGCGGAGAGGGGCACCACUCUUGCUGCGUCUGCUCUUGGUGAGUCGUCUGCUUGCACUCUCCAGAGAGUCUGCUCUCUCCACCUGCCGCACACACUUGUGAUGACUGGCCCCGGAGAGUGGCACGCGGCACUGCAAGGCCACGUUUGGGGGGCGUACCUUAUUGAGUUCCAUGCUCGGCUCCGGCUGGCACAUAGUGUUUCCUGUUUAUAACAUUUUGCUUCAUUUGCAUGGAUGGUACAUGAUGCCAAAGACAACACUGUUCCCUAGUUUAUUAUAAGAAACACGUUCCUACUAAAUUUCUCAAAAUUGCCACCAGAACUCCUCUCUCGAGUUUGAAUGUCUAAAUGCUUUUGAAACUCACUUUGCUUCCCUGCUCUGAGAAGUCACUGUAGUCAAUGCCCCGGGAGGCCACACAGAGCCGGUGGGCCCACCUGAGCCCAGCCCCCAGCGCUCCUGCAACAGCCCCAUGGUCUCAUGUCAUGCUCUUAAAUUAUGCCCACGUCUGGAGCUCACGAUGGUGACAACAGAGUUUGGAGGUUGCCUACCUGACUGCCUUGUCUUGUUCUCUUCAAACCUGGUGCUGUGGCCCCCAAAAGGGACUCCCCAAAAUGCGUAGAGGAGGCACAGGGUCUAGUUUGUGAGGAGGCCCACACCUGUGGCCUGGAGCUGCACCUGCCUUGUCCACACGGACAGACCACUGCUCUUCCCCGGGCCGCCCCAUGAUCUUGGUAAGAUUCAGGGUGAAAAGUGGGGACCUUAGGCCAGAGGAAAUGGCAAUCCCACCUUCUGGAUCGUUCGCCUACCAGGUAGGCUCCGUCUCGGACCCAAGUUUAAGAUGUGAGUGUGUUCCUGUUCCUGUGCUCCGCCUAACACGGUUCCCAGAGGAUGGCAAAUGCGCUCAGCGAUCCUGGGCCACGGUUAGCAGGUUUCAUGUCCUCCAGAGUGAGUGGAAUUUCAGGUGGCUGGUACGGAGCUGUGACCAGACAAUAAUGCGGGAGGUCCUAAUAAAAUUCUCU